AUGGGGGACUGGAACUUGUUGGGGAAGCUGCUGGAAAGCGCCCAGGAACACUCUACUGUUGUGGGCAAAGUCUGGCUCACGGUGCUGUUUAUCUUCCGCAUCCUGGUGCUGGGAACGGCCGCUGAGAAGGUUUGGGGCGACGAGUUGUCGGGUUUCACUUGUGACACCAAGCAGCCCGGCUGUCAGAACGUCUGCUACGACAAGACCUUUCCCAUUUCUCACAUCCGCUUCUGGGUGAUGCAGAUCAUCUUUGUCUCCACACCAACCCUCAUUUAUUUGGGCCACAUCCUUCAUCUGGUCCGCAUGGAGGAGAAGCAGGGUCAGAAAGAGAAGGAUCUGGCACUCAUGCAGAGUGAAAAGCAUCAGCAGUUACUUGGACCCAAGGCCAAGAAAGCGCCAAUCAAAGACAACCAGGGCCAUGUGCGUUUGAAAGGCGCACUCCUGCGAACCUACGUCUUCAACAUUGUUUUCAAGACCCUGUUUGAAGUGGCAUUUAUCGUAGCUCAGUACUUCCUAUACGGUUUUGAGCUCAAGCCUAUGUACACCUGUGAUCGCUGGCCUUGUCCUAAUGUGGUGAACUGCUACAUCUCCAGACCUACAGAGAAGACGGUCUUCAUCCUCUUCAUGCUUGCUGUGGCCUGCAUCUCCCUGCUGCUCAACCUUGUGGAAAUGUACCAUUUGGGUUUCACAAAGUGCCAUCAAGGCCUCCGUUACCGACGGUCCCAGGCUGCUCUUGAAUCUCCAAAGGCCCUCACUGAGACAGUCAUGCCCUUCGUUCCAAGCUAUAACUACUUUGCUGGACAUCCUGCAGUGCCUGAACCUUUCCCUACAGACCCAAAGUACAGCAUGGCCGAGCCGAACUCUGCUUACAGCCCCUACAAUAGCAAAGUGGUUUACAAGCAGAACAGAGACAACAUGGCUGUGGAGAGGAAAGGUAAAGCAGAGGGAGAUGAUGUGAGGAAAACUCCCCUGGUGUUUGAGAUGCCUGCUGAAAAUCAGCGUCGAAACAGUCAGUCAAGCAAGCACAGCAAUAACAAGAGCAGGCUGGAUGACCUGAAGAUCUAAAGACCUUAUCAAGGAAGGAAGG